ACAGUCUGUAAACAUGCGUGGGACCUUUGCUGGUUGUGAACUCUCAGCACUGCUGCUGGCUGCAGCCUGGACAGAACGCCACCACUACGGUGCUGAUGGCUCUCACACCCAUGAAAAAUAUGUUAGGUGGCUCAAGCUGUCCUGUUCCAAUGCUGACUUUGCCUUUGCCCUCAAAAGCCUGAAUGCCAACGCUGCUGCUGGAAAGAACAUCUUCUUCUCGCCCCUGGGCAUCUCCACCGCCCUGUCCAUGCCGUCCACAGGGGCUGCUGGGGAAACCCACAGCCAGCUGUUCUCCAGCUUAGGCUACAGUGCUCACACCCAGGAACAGGUCAACGAGGCCUACGAGCAUCUUUUCCAUAUGAUGGGACACAGUGAAGAGCAUCAUCAGGUGGAUUUGGGUUGCGGAGUUGCCUUUCAAACUGGCUACACUCCUCUGGAGAAGUUCCAGAAUGAUGUCAAGGAUGACUAUUUUGGUCGGAUCUUCACCGUUAACUUUACCAAACCAAAUGUUGCUAAUAGAACCAACAACAUGAUCACAGAUGUGGUGAAGGACCUGGACCCCAGGACGAUCAUGAUGAUUAUCAAUGUCUACUUCAGAGGACAGUGGGUGAAACCCUUCGAUGCUAACCAUACACAGAAGGCAGUCUUCGAUGUGGACGAAAACACAAAGGUUCAGGUGGACAUGAUGAAGAGGAAAGGUCGCUACAUGUUCUAUCACAACGCCGAAAAUCCAACCACCGUCAUUAAGCUGCCCUACAAGGGCAACACCUCCAUGAUGAUCGUCCUGCCUGAAGAAGGCAAGAUGAAGGAGCUGGAGGUUGUAAAGCACUGGCAUGACUCAGUCAUCAGGAGGUCUGUGCGUCUGUCGCUGCCAAAGUUCUCCAUCUCUGCUGACGCCUCCCUGGAGAGCACACUUAAAGAAAUGGACAUUUUUGGGAAAACCCAUAAAAGCGUAAUAGGGCUUCUUUAA